AUGGUGGGCUGGGCUCUGGGUCUGGAGUGGAUCCGGCGAGAUCCUCCACGGGGCAGAUGCCAUGGCAAUAAGGAGAUGUUCUCUUGUCAAGGCAUUCAGCUCGCAGUUGACUGGUUUCUUGAACGUGGCCAUCGAGACAUUACAGUUUUUGUCCCGGCCUGGAGGAAAGAGCAGUCCCGUCCUGAUGCUCUUAUCACAGAUCAGGAGAUUUUGAGACGUCUGGAAAAGGAUAAGAUUCUUGUAUUUACACCAUCACGUCGUGUCCAGGGCCGCAGAGUAGUCUGCUAUGAUGACAGGUUUAUUGUUAAGCUAGCUUAUGAAUCAGAUGGCAUUAUUGUCUCCAAUGACAACUACAGAGACUUGGCUGUUGAGAAACCGGAAUGGAAAAAAUUUAUUGAUGAACGCCUUCUGAUGUACUCCUUUGUAAAUGAUAAGUUUAUGCCUCCUGAUGAUCCAUUGGGUCGACAUGGGCCAAGUCUGGAGAAUUUUCUUAGAAAAAGACCCAUCAUUCCGGAGCAUAAGAAACAGCCCUGUCCAUAUGGAAAGAAAUGCACCUACGGGCACAAGUGUAAGUUUUACCAUCCAGAGCGUGGUACACAGCCACAGCGAGCGGUAGCAGAUGAGCUCCGUGCCAGUGCCAAGAACUCCACAGUUAAAAGUGUGGUAGAGACGGGUCUCGUGAAAAGCCACAGUGAGCCUGGAGGCUCCCGUAAUGAUAAAGCUGGUGAUGGUAAACGAUCUCUGCCAAAGAGGCAAUUGGACCCCAGUAUCCGUGCCCUCUCUUACAGUGAUGUGGAGGAUAAGCUGUGUUCCAAAACUAAAGCAGACCUGUAUAAGAACAACCUAGCUCUUCCUCCAGCUCCAGGUGGUCCUCCUUCCUGUCAUGGGUAUAGCCAGGACCUGAAAGAUCACAAGCAGACUCAAGCAGAACCACACACAAACUGUGAAUCUCCCGGUCUUUAUUACUCCAUGGUUAGGGCAUAUUCUGGCCUAAGCCUGCCCUCUCAGAGCAGUCCAGAGCGUCACUUCCUGUCUGAUGCUGAUCCACGGACCAGCUCAGUGGCAUCAGAUUGCAGCAGCGAUGGCAGCAUGAGCUCUGAUUCUUAUGGCAUGGCAACCCACAAUGAGCAUUCUUGCAUGAGUUCUCCUGAUUUGUUACUGGAUGAAGGAAUCAAGUGUCAUCACCACCAUCAUCAUCGUAGAAAUUAUCAGUUACCCUCUGUUAUUCCUCCAGGGUUCAUUCCAUCUCCUGCUACAUCUAAUCACCCAGGAUUCCACCACAGCGUACCUAGUGUUCAUAGUUUUGUUCCAGAAGACCAGCAAGACCCCCAUUUCCAGCACUCUGUCUCCUACAUGUCUCCACAACGCCAGCAUCAAGUGGUAGGCUCCCGCUCAAGCUAUCCUGGAGACUAUCCUCCUCUCUGCCAGAGCAACACUCACUCCCAGAACUCUCCACUGGGUCGUGGCCUUGCCUCAACACGUGUGGACAGCGUGUCGGACUCCAGGCUUUAUGAACACUCUCCAUUGCUUCCUAGAAAACCCUACGUAUCCCAAGAGCGAAAGACCAGCUGGGAUCCAUAUUACAGACAGCACCCACAACAAUGCUAUGAGCCCUUCAGUUUCCAGGAUCUUUCAAAGAACCGUGAACAGAUGUGGCGGAUGCCCUGGGGCUGUCCUUCUGCUCCUCCUCCCCCCCAUCUGCCCCAUGCUUUAUCACACCAGCACCAGGAGCCACUUUCCUUGAGUCGUUACCAGGAAGUACGAGAGAAAGUGUUUACCAACCUGUGCAACAUUUUCCCCACAGAGCUAGUGCAGUUGGUCAUGGGGCGGUACCCUCAUGUGACUGACGCCCAACAGCUGGCAGCAGCCAUCUUGGCAGAAAAGAACCAUGCUGGAUACUAAGCGCUGAGGUCAAAUGAAAAUACUCUCAUCAUUU